CGGCGGCUUCGAGGAGCAGGUCGCCGGGGUAUAAAAGGAGCCUGGGAGGGAGAUGAGCACCGGAGUCCGACGGGCGCCCCAUGAUCUCGGUGAGGAGGAGGAUGCAGCGAGCCUGGAGAGGGUCCGGCCGGAGCGCCACCCCCCUGCCCAAGUGCGUGGGUAGGUGGGCUGAGGGCGACGGCACCGCGCUGAGGACGCUGGACGACAUGCCCGGACCGUUGCUGCUCAGCUCCUUCUGGGAAUUGUUCCCGCGCCGGGGGCUGACAAGGAUGCACCAGCUACAGCUGGAGGGCCUGCAGCGCUACGGCCCCAUGUGGAAGACCCACUUCGGCCCCAUCCUGACGGUCCACGUGGCCCAGCCGGCCCUCAUCGAGCAGGUGCUGAGGCAGGAGGGGAAGUACCCCUGCCGCUCGGACCUGUCCUCCUGGAAGGACUACCGCAAGCUGAGAGGUCACCACUAUGGACUGUUGACCUCAGAGGGAAAGGAGUGGCAGGAGGUGAGGAGCCUGCUGAGUAAGCACAUGCUGAGACCCAAGGCGGUGGAAGCUUACGACAAAACCCUCAACGGCGUGGUCAGCGACCUCAUCGCCAAACUCCGCCUGCGCAGACUCCCCGGGGGCCUGGUCACCGACGUGGCCAAGGACUUCUACUUCUUCGGCCUGGAGGGAAUCUCCUCGGUGUUGUUUGAAUCCAGGAUCGGCUGCCUGGAUCCGGUGGUCCCGAAGGAAACGGAACACUUCAUCCAGUGCAUCAACUGCAUGUUCCUGCUGACGCUGCCCACCAUGGCCAUGCCAAGAUGGCUGCACACGUGCUUCCCCAUACCCUGGAGACUCUUCUGCUAUUGCUGGGACAACAUGUUUAAAUUUGCCAAAGGUCAAAUUGACAAGCUGCUGAAGGACGUGGCGAACAACCACGGCGAGGGAAAAGUGGAGGGCCACUGCCUGGCCUACCACCUGUCCCAGACGACGCUGCCCAUGGAGACCGUUUACAGCAACAUCACCGAACUGCUGCUGGCAGGCGUCGACACGAUCUCCAGCACCUUCUCCUGGUCACUGUACGAGUUGUCCCGGCACCCCGAGAUGCAGGCCUCACUGCGCCAAGAAGUCCUGGCGGUCCUGGAGGGCAAGGCCGUGCCUGAGGCGGCGGAUGUAGCGCGCAUGCCUCUCCUGAAGGCUACGAUCAAAGAAGUGCUCAGGUUGUACCCGGUCAUCCCUGCCAACGCCCGAGUCAACGUCGAGAGGGACAUCCAGGUCGGAGGCUACGUCAUUCCUAAGAACACUCUGAUCACCCUGUGCCAAUUUGCCACAUCUCGGGACCCCUCGGUGUUCCCCUGUCACAAUGACUUCCUGCCACGCCGAUGGUUGAACAAGGGGAAGACUCACCAUCCUUACGCCUCGUUGCCUUUCGGGGUGGGCAAACGGAGCUGCAUCGGGCGGCGGAUCGCUGAGUUGGAACUUUACCUCGCUCUUGCCAGGAUCCUGGUGGAGUUUGACGUGAGGCCGGAUCCAGAGGGGGUUUCUGUGAAGCCAAAGACCCGCACGCUGCUUGUUCCUGCAGAAGUCAUCAACCUGCAGUUUGUUGAACGAUGACCCAGUCCUGCCCGCGUUACGUGAAGGUGACCACCAGGAGGUCACCUGCUGGUCCAGCUGAGGCCUGUGGAGCAGACUCCACUUGCUCUUUAUGCCAUAAGUGUUUUUAUUACAGUUGGACAUGCCAAGUCUUUUAUUACAUCCCAUGAUGCAACGGAGCUGAGGAGUGAUGUUCCCUCUGGUCCUCUUGAAGCAAACAUGUGGUGUGUGAGCAUCAUGGAGCAAAGUUUUAGUACAGGGAUAUCAAAAUGGUUUUUAUUGAGGGCCGCUUGUAACAGUGAAUAAUGUAUGAAUUUGCCUCUGGAUUUCAUUAUUAAUUAUAUAAAUCGUUUUAAGUACACUGUCCAUUUUACAUUAAAAACUUUACAUUUACAAAA